AUGAGUUCAUUCGAUGAUGAUGAUGGACAAACCACUCGUCCCAAUCCAUACAUGGCGUUUGUGCAGAAAUCUGCCAAAAAACAAGCAUUUCGUCGACCGUUUACCCGAAACCUCACCAACGAGAUCAACCCAUACAUUCCAGUUCCUGGCCAGAAUACCUAUCCCGCGUCCACUCUUCUGCCCCGCGACCGCGGCCUCGGUUUCGAUAGCUUCAACCGAUUGGAUCUUCCAGUCCGUCAGUUCGAGCCUGCUGCCGCUAGCUCCGGCCGCCGUGAUGGAAACGAUGCCAGCAUCUGGGACUUUGACGGGCUACCAAGCUAUCUUCGUCCUGGGAGUGAUGGUGAUGUCGUGCCGUUCUCUCCAAAGAAGAGAAAGCGAUCCGGGAAUUCCCCCAAGGGCCCAGGAAAAACCCGUUGUGAUAGGGGCCCGUCUUCCGAUCGCGACUACAAAGCGAAGCGAGUUCAAAUGACUCCAUUGCCAACUACUCUAGAAGACGCCACUUUGGGCGACCGCAUGUUGUGGUUCUGGAAAUUGGAAGGAAAGAGCUGGUCAGCCAUCCGCGCAGAAUACGAGAGGCUCACCAAGAAGAGCUACCAAGAAAGCACUCUUAGCUUGCCCGACGCGUACUAUCAGCAAUACCCCGAAGAAAGCUAUCUAAAGGUCAUCUCUAACCGGACACAACAGUAUGUCGAGUAUUGUGAAGUCAUGAUGGAAGCCGACAAAGAGAUCGCCCCAAAACGGUUCGAGGCCGCUGCUCGCAUCUUCCAGUCCCGAGGAAAGAACAUCGCGCCCGCAGUCAUCAAGAGAAAAUUUGCUAAUAUGCAAGCGACGGGUGUGGAAGUUCGCCCGUCUGAAAGACGCCGUUUUAUGGACGACGAAAAGCCCAACCAAGGGGGUAUGGCAGACAUUGCGCAGGAGGAUCUGGCGAAUUGGAUCAAUGAGGCGGGUGACAGAGAGAUCACCGAAGAGGAGGUGACAACUGCAGGCACACAAGUCGAGGGGGCUGGCCUAGUCGAGUACCCAGACAGCGAAUAA